GAGGAAGUGAAAGUUAAUUCUUGACCAAUCAGAUGUAAGGGUGAGUAAUCGGUGACCAGGCAAAGGCCAAUGAUAUUUCGGAUGCCAUAAACUUUCUUGGAUUUAUUAUUUCUCAUAAAAAAACUCUUGACCAUUUAUUGUCAGAAGAAAAUCACUUGAGCUCAAGUUGCUCAAACAUUGUAACUCAGAAGUGUACUGCGACAGAGAAGAUCUGUUACGUGUUGUUCAUCGGAAUAGGAAGCAGCAUACAUCAAUAAUAAUACAAGUAAACACCAACAGGGGGAAGUUGUGGGACUGUCAGAAGAUGCUUUGAUUAUCAGUAUAUCAUGUAAGAAAUCACCAUGACUGCCAAAAUCAACUUUAGCAAUGAUCACCUAGAAAAAUUGAAGGUGUGGUUUGACAUCAAUCCCAACCCUGGAAGGGUGCAAGUAGAUCACAUAGCAUCUCAGAUUGGAUCCUUGUCAGCCCAUGUGUGGAUAUGGUUUCAUAGACAGCGCAAGAGAGUGGAAGCCAACCCGGAGGCCAGUCCACUGAAAGCAAAGACAAUAUCCAGGAGUAAAGGAACAUCAUCCUCUUUGCACAAUACAGACAGCUUAAUAAGUACUAGAUCUUUCUCAAAGCGAUUGGAGAGUAAUUCCCGUAGAGAUCAAGAUGUUCGGAAACAUGGAAAAGAAACAGUGGAUCCCAAAUACAGGAAACAAGAGAGGUUGAAAGCAAAGAAGGGGGUCGUAAGAGGGAUACAGAGAAAAGCAGAUACAAGGCAACGGGUUGGUCUACGUUCUGCGGAAGGUUGUUUUAAAGGAGCUGAGAGAGAAGUUGGGAGAAGGCAGGGAACGCAUGUGACAUUCGCUGAAGAUGUAGAGGUUAGCAGAAUGCAGGAAUCUGGUGUGAUGCAAAAACCUGACCCUGUGCAGAAUUGUAGUGAGAGAAUUGACAAAGUGGUAGAAUCUCUGGAACACAGAAUGUUAAGGUCUUCACCAAGGAAGAGCACAACAACACCAGUAAUAGGAGAUCGCCAGGAGCUCUGUGAUACAAAACUAUGUGAAGAACAUGUGUACACAGGAGACAAAGACUCCCAUUAUCAGGGUUCUGCAAGGAAAUCGGCACCAGGCAGCAUGAGCAGGAUAGUGAAGGAGUUCGACAAUCAAAAGUCUAUGAGAAAGAAAUCCAUGCCCAUGUCUGAAAAGAAAGUACUCAGAGAAGCAGAUUCACAAAACUUUGGAGUUCAAAUGAGCAAAGUGAGAAGAGAAAACAUUGAAUCCCGGGAGCAUUAUCGUGUUAAUAGGACGACUCAGGAUGGCUUUAGCAGGGCAGAAAAGGUGUUGAUGAAAAAACAUAGUGCCUUAAUAAACUUUAAGAAAGCAGAUCAUGUGAAACAGUGCCUACCCUCUGACAAGACAAAGGCCAAAGUUUUUGUGAAGAAAAUGGAUGCAAGUGGCAUAAAUACUCAUGGUGGCCACAAAAGAGUUAUAGAAUCAGAAGGUAAACAUAGAAAAGGAUUGAUCACUCGUUCAGCUUGUAUUGAUGAGACAAGCAAAGCUGAGAGAAAAAAAGAAAGACAAAUGAAUGUUUCAGUCAGAAGAAAAGUCACAGAAAAUUUGAAGUCUCCAAAGAGUGAACAUCAUAGAGCAGCUGAAUUGAAUUUGAGGCACCUGAAGCCUCAACAACCAUUAACAAAGGUAUCCUCAUCCUCCAAUAGCAGAGUGAAAAGCAAAUCUAAGACAAUAAAAGAAAAGGCAAUCCUAGCUAAGAAAACAAAUCUUUUGAAGAAUAAGAUGAAAGGUGAUGAUGUGUGCCAGGCAGCCAUAGACUCAGGAAAGCCAAAAGUACCUUCCAUUAUGCCAGUGGGAAAGCGUAGGAGCCGUGAAGGACUAUUUUCUGCUAUUUCAAUGCCACAGGCCAAGGCUCAAGGCGAUCUGUCUGAUUCUUCAGAUGCCGAAGACUUCCAAGAUGAUCGUUAUAAGAAAAAUCACAAGUUGAGCAAGAAAAAGGUGGUCACAACAGAUUCUUUGAACAAAGGCAAAUCAAUACCAGUUCUUUCAGGGAAGAGACAGAACAUUGCUCUUGCGGAUUGUUCUAAUAGGGUGACAGCAGGUAGGAACUUAGGAAGAAUUCCAUUAGAAUCUGCAAACCAGAUGCAUUGUGCAAAUAAGAAGAACAAGAAAACUGUAUCACCAGUUAAGUGUGGUGUAAGUUCAACUGUGUCUAGUCAGUCAUCUGUGAUUUCUUCAACAGUAGAGGAAAAUAGUGUUCCCCGGAACUGCUGUGAGGAUACUUCCAAACCUCCAUAUCCUCCAGUUAGCAUUUCUGUUGGAAAAGACAAACCAUGUCUGUUGCAAGAAAAGAAAAUCAAACCAAAGGAAACUGAGGAGGAGUUUGUAAAGAAAAGUGGUCCUGUAAUUUCUUAUGAUAAGAUCUGGAAUCCGUACAGUGGCGAAUUUCUAUUCAAAAGGGAAUUGUCAGUCAAUUUGAUCAAAAUCAAUCUUUCCUCAAACUCGGACGAGAGAGAGGUAAUGGUCUCUAGCAAGAUGAAUCCCACCAAUCAAAAGGAAAACAAAGAGGACGACCAGUUGUGGAAAGAUGACAGAACUGAUAUUAAUUCUAAUAUGUCUGAGAACAUGUCCACCCAGCCCAAGGUAGUAGAAAGGUCCAUCUGGAAUUCCAUUGCCUCCUCUGUUGAAACAUCAUCAAAGAUAUGGCAAUCAAUUGCAUCUUCAACAGAGGCAUCACCCAAAGAGAUACCCUUCAUUGAUGGUUCAUCUUGUCUCGACAAGAAGUCAACAGACUUGUGGAGUUCAAUUGCAUCAUCGGUUGAAAUGUCCCACAAGGAUAUACCAUUCAUAGAGAGAUCAAUAUCACCAGAGGGGGAAUCAACACCGUCUUCAUCUCAGGAUACUGUAGCAUGUAACGAGGACCCCUCUAGAGCAAAGACAAAGGGCAUGUUUGAUGAAGACAGUUGUGAAGUCAGUUCUUCUGUUGAUCUUGAGAAGGUUCCCUCAGAUUUGUCUGAAGAUGUUGAUAGUAUUGAGGAGUCAGAGGAGACUUCUUCGUCAAAUCUGGUGGAAACUAAUGAAGGUGAGGAUAUUGCAGCAGCUGUGAUGGAAACUAAAGAAGACAAUGUAGAGUUUUCUGAAGGAGAUACAAAAUCCAUUAACAAAGUUGAGAAGAUUUCAGCCUCUGAGCAAGAAGUAAAUGUGGAAGAGCAUGAGAAACCUGCUAUAGAUGUAUUAUCAGAUAAAUAUGAUAGCAGCAAAGUUGAUUUGCUGAAAACCAAGAAAAACUUUGGAAAAACAACAUUGGCAUUCAUUGAAAGUAGCGAAAAAGCUGAGACAAGUUCUAAUGAUAAAGAAUUUCAUGAAACUCCUGAAGAGUCACCUAAAGUAAUGGAAAUGGACAGGAAAGAUUUGCUGAAACCGGAGAGAAAUGCAGGGGGAAUCAAAAGGACUGGAACACUCGAAGAGGUAUCACCAGUGGAAUGUAACAAAAUGUCUGCAAAUGUGAUGGAGAACUCUGAAAUUAGUCCUGAUGAAGAGAAUGCAAGUGCUGGUGAAAAGCCUGCAAGUCCAGUAGAUGAUCUGUACGAAACAAUAGACUCCCCUGAUUAUGACAUAGGUUCACCCUUUGUGGUGGUAGAUGAAAUUGGUGGCAGUGAUACAGAAGAAAAUAAGUCAAAUGGGAAUGGAAGACAAGAGGAAUCUUCAGAAGAUCUUGACUCUUUGAAUAUUUCUGUAAAGCCUAUUCCAGAAUUUGUGAACAUAAGUACGAAGGUAAGUGAAAUCAUUGACCUUGAUAGUAGCGAUGAUGAUGAGGUGGUAUUAGUUUCAUUAGUACCACGUAAGAAAGCAAGGAGGAUUCCUAUUAGAGAUAAAUUGUUGAAAGGUCAUUUGUCCAGCCAUAAUAAGAAUCAACUUGAGGUCAUAGACCUCGACUGCAAUAGUGAAGAUGAUGAGAUGCAGGUCUCCACAGUGGCCCCAAACACUCCAACCUCUCUGGAGAUUAAGACUUCAGACUGCUCAAAUGUGACGGAAAAGCAGAGCAUUCAAAAUGAUGUGCCAUCAGUGGAGGUAAAUGGCACAUCACCCCAUCCUCCAACUGUGGAACACGAGCAAUCAAAGGAACAAGUUGUAUCACAAAGCACAGGGACAGAGAGUAGUAAACAUGAUGCUGUGCUUGACAUGACCUGUGAAACUGUAUCAGUUGAAUCCAAUGGUUGUGUUGAUAAGUCACCAGAUAUUUUUUAUGCAUCAACACUGAACAAUGAAUGUAAUGAGAGUCUGGAAAGUAAAAAUUCAUCAUCAGAUGAACUUGUCGUAGACAUGGAAAAAUGUGAUAAAAUGGACUGUCCAUUACAAGAACAAGACGUUCCAACUUCCCUAAAAGAUGUUCGUGAUGAACCGGUAGACCAGAGUGAUGGAGGUAAAGAUUCAUCAUUAGAUGAACUUGUCAUUGAUAUGGAAGCAUGCCGUAAGAUGGACUGUCCACAAGAAGACCAAGGUGUUCCAACUUCCUUAAAAAGUUAUGUAGGUGACCCAGUGGAGCAGAGUGUGGGACAUAAUAAUUCACCAUCAGAUGAACUUAUCAUAGACAGGGAAACAUGUAAUAAAACAGACUGUCCACAAAAAGACCAAGGUGUUCCAGCUUCCCGUAAAAAUGCAGUUGAUGACAAAAUAGGACAAACUUCUGGACUUAAGGAUUCAUCAUCAGAUGAACUUGUCAUAGACACUGAAGCAUGUGAUAAAAUGGACUCCUUGCAGUUAGACCAAGGUGUUCCAACUACCUUAGAAAAUGCUGUUAAUGACCCAGUAGUGCAGAGUGUUGGACAUAAAGACUCCUCGUCAGAUGAACUAGUGAUAGACAUGACACCUUGUAAAAAUUUGAUCUGUCCCUGCCCAGACCAAGGUGUUUCAAAUCUAGAACAUGAUGAUGCUGCAAUCCUUAAUCCAUCACCGUUGGGCAUUGGAAAUAAUGAUUCAUCAGCAGAUGAGCUUGUCAUAGACAUGGAAGUAUGUGAGAAGGUUAACAAUACCAUCCAAGACAAAGGUAUUCCAGCUUCUCUCAAAGGUGCUGAUUUGCCUGAUUAUCCAUCACAGGAGAGCGUCGAGUGUGAUGAUUCCAACUCGGAUACACUUGUCAUAGACAUGAAAGAAUGUGAUAAGAUGGACUCUCUGCAAUUAGACCAAGGUGUUUCAACUUCCUUAGAAGAUGACCCAGUAGAGCAGAGUGUUGGACGUAAAAAUUCAUCAUCAGAUGAACUAGUGAUAGACAUGAAACAUUGUGAUAAGGUGAACCGUCUCUGCCUUGACCAAGGCAUAUCAGCUCCUCUAGAACAUAAUACUACAAGUCUCAAUCUAUCAGAGCUGGGUGGUGGACACAGUGAUUCCUCAGCAGAUGAGCUUGUCAUAGACAUGGAAGCUUGUGAUAAGAUGGAAUAUCUCCCCAAAGAACAAGAGGCUCCAGAAGGCACUAAUUAUUUCCCAGUUGACCAUUUAGAAGACAAUAUCCAGCACAAGUUGCCAGAUUCAUGUGAAAGUAAUCCUGGCUCUUCCGCAGAUUCGAGACUUGGGGCUUUAGAAGGUUUUGUUAAAGAUAAAUCAGACAAAGUAGAGCAAGAUGCAGAGAUGGAAAAGUCAGACGAGAGUGUCAAAGGGGUGAAGGUAUGUGGGGAGUUGAUAGGUCUCCUCAAGGCUAUGGACUCUCCAAAAAGAACAAUUCCUACUUUCUCAAAAAUAAACACACCUCAAUGGGGGAAUGAAGUUGGGGACUCAACAUCCACUAAAGGUGGACCAGUGGAAUCUUCAGUCACAGAAAACACUCCUUCAAGAAAAAAUGAAGCCACAUCCUCAAGUGAUGCUAUUGAAGAUAAGUUGGACCCAGCCAAGCAACCUUUGGUUCAUGAUGAUGCAACAUCUGACGACGAUGUCCUCAUAGAUGUGGUCACAGCUGAUCCAUCUGAGUGUCCACUCAGCAUUACCAUGUUCAAAAAUGGUGCAGACACAUCACCUGACAGUCUCAUUCCAUCAGCAGCCAAGACAAGUGCUUCUGUUGAAAACUCCAAAAGUUUGGUUGCUAAUGUACUAGAUAAGGAUCGGAUGGAAGAUCCUGUGACAAACCGCUUGGAACCAUCAAUAAAUAAAGAGACUCCUGGAAAUGACACUACAGAUCAGGGUGAAGAUCAGGAUCUUACAUCUACCAAAGACUCUGCUCUUUCAUGUUAUGAUUCAAAGUGUCAAGAAGGAGACUCUUCUUCCUUAGGCUCAUCUGCAACCAUAGGAGGUGGUCCACCCCAGGCAGUUCUCUCAAGAGACACUCCAGAAAAGCAGCUUCCGGAAAGUGGCAUCCAAAUCAAAUCUGAACCUGAUGCGGGAGCAGUGGAGGACACCCCAUCUGGAAGCAUAACUCCUGAUGAAGAUUCAAAGCAAGCAAACAAAGAGAAUCCCCAAGAAAAGAUGAAGCGUCCAAAAAGUCUUAACCAACUGGUAUCUGCCCUUACGCAUAGGCUUGGCCUUAUAGCCAAAUAUGUAACACCGUCAACAAGUAACUUGGACCUUCCCAGAAGCACUGUUGGCAUAAACCACAAGGCCUCCCAUUCCAAGCCAUUGUCAUCCUCACCUACAGAGGGAGCCCUCCAGCCACCCAAACCCAUACAGGAGCCAAAGCGGGGCACCAAGCGUCGCAUGAUCACCAACAAGAACCUGAAGAGGCCCCCAAUACCAGAGAAGGUACAGAUGAGAAUCCAGCAGUUGAACCCGUUCCCGUGUGAUCAUGGGUGGCAGCAUAAUGCUGCCGUGGUGGAGUUAGCACAGAGGGAGGUUGAGCUGGAUUGCCAGCCAGGAGAACAUAUUGCCUUGACAGGGCCACCCAUUGAGCAGUUGCUUGGUACCAGAGGCUCUACCUCUGGGAAUGUGAACUUCUGUUAUCAGCCUGGGAUGGACCCAGUCAAUGCUACCUCUAGGGACACAAUGACUGAAGAUCUCCUUGGAGUCCCUGUUAAGACAAAUAACAAUGAGUCAGGUAGCCUACCUGUGUCUCAGGGCAAUAGCAGCCAGGUGGUUGAGUCACAUCCACUUCUCACAGGAAUGCUGUCAGGAGCGGAUGCCAGAGGCACUGAGCCUCUGAAACGGAAGCGAUCAAGGACCGCAAGUGGCAAUUCCAAGAAGGGCAAGAAGUCCAGGAGGAGGCGGAGAAAGUCUUCUGAUGACGUUGCUUGGGAGAUUUCAUCCAGGGCUGAUGCACUUGCAAAUGGAACUUUUUCUGAGAAAGACAUUCGGGAAGAAUGGAUGCAGUUGCUGAAGGUCAUGGAGGAAUCUACACAGUCUGGAAAUGAAGAACAACUGUCCAACUCUGAAACUAUACUUCCUUCAUCAUCAAUACCUGCAUCUGCUUCAGAGAGGCUACCUGGUCACCAGGCUGAUGGCCCUGUUGAGGGUCUACCUUCUUUGUCUGUCCAGGAAUCAGAUACAUCCUCAAUUACUGACACUGCAUCUGAGAAGGAUGACCUCUCUGGUAUGCCAUUGAUCUUAAGGGUAUUCUCACUGCGAGACGAAGAACCGGAAAAUAAUCUUGCUCUGGAAUCGACGGGUUUUAGUAGUUUCGAUCUUGAUUCUGCUAGAAUAAUUGAGACUCAGGAUGCAUCUCAGGUUUAUUCUAUGGCAGCUACUGCUGCUGCUGCUACAGCUGCCAGAAGACAUUCUCAGGAAUCCUCCAACCUCACUGUAUCUUCCCAACAAGAAGUGAUCAGGAAAAGACGUUCAUCACAAACAUUUGGUUCUGCUGAUGGUGUUCCGCCAUCAAAAGUGGUAGCAGCAGGAUCGAAUAGUGCUGUCGGGCAAGUGAUACAGACAAACCCUAUCAUAAGCUCCCAACAAGUGCCAUCUAGGGUCUGUAAUCAGAGUGGCAACUUACCAGAUACUGUACAACCCAUGGCUGCAAGUGGUAUGUCUCAAACUGUGUUGAACUCUCCUUUGAUGAGCCCAUCAUCCUCAGGGAUGCAAAACUUGACAGUUCUGCCAUCGCAACCUGCUUCCAUGUUCAUCCCCGUACAGCCAAAGCCUUCGCAGCAAGUGUCACAACAGAGGAGAAGUAGCCUUGAGUCACUUCUGAAUCCCCUGAUACUCAAUCAGCAGAUACAAACCUACAGACUCAGUGCCAGUCCUCCCCUCUGUACCCCUUAUCCCACCACCUCUGGGCCUUUAGUACGCACUGUCUUGGGCCCGUCUGCCCCUUCAGGAAAUAUCCAAAACCCUGGGAUUGGAUACCUUGGUGGGAGCAUAACGCUUCCAACUGCGAACGUCCAGUGGACAGAGGCGCCACCAAAUGUUCAACUUGCUCCUGUUACCACACAGUCAUACACCAAUGGUGUGGACAGUCGGUCAACUAUUUUCUACACUCCUCAAGUUUCUACAGUUACCUAUCUCACAGGGUCACCACAGUGAUGUCAUCAACGAAGUUGUAUUGUCAGCAUGAAGGCUUGUGUUUGACUGUCCAGAUGUGAUACGUUAUGUUUUAUGGUCAUAUGUAAAACUAUGACUUCUUGAUAAUCCGUGCUACGCCGCUUUACCGUGGCAUUAAACAACUUCCUUUUAAAACAUUUAUGUGAUAUCCUUCGACUUAGACAGUAAAUUUGAUAGCACUUCUCUUUCAGUAAAACAGUAUCAUCAUUUGAUUCACCUUGAUGAAGGCAUACCUUGAAUAUCUAGAGUGCAUACCUUGCAUCAGGAUUUAAUUAUCAGUACUUGUAUACUUGGAUUCCACCAAAUAUCCUUUCUAAUGAACAUUGUAUCCCAGUUGUUUUCUCAAGCCAUCUUGUAACUUCAAAGACCUUGACAGUUCUUACUACUUUUAUGUCAUUUGAAUAGGUAGUACUGAACAGUUAUUAGUACGUCUCAUAAAAAGCGAAUUUAGUUUAUACAUUCCUUGGCCCCGUGACAUAAAGCUUAGCGAUUGAUCACGAGGCUGAUUUGUACGAUUGAUCAUUACACCAUUAUCAUUGCAAUCAAUCAUAGAUCCAGCCCCUUGAUCAAUUUGCUAAGCUUUAUGUUAUGAACCCUUAUAUGUACAUGUAUAUACCUAUUGAUACUUGCCAGUGUAAAGGGUGAAUAGUUUUGUGCUUGUUUUGCUAAUUGUUUAUUUAUUCUAAGAAUCUUUUGGUGUGUGAAGUUUCAUUGAGAUCCAUAUGUGAAAAAAAGAAAAAGACUGAGAAUUCUAGAAGUGCAAAGAAGUGGCAUCCAAAUUGGUGCCAAAGUUCUUAAUUAGGCAGAUAAUAGGAAGCAAUAUUGGGUGGCAAAGUUUACUGAAUAAAAAAAACCCAACAUAUUCAGUCAAAGUUGGAAUAAGCUGCAAUAUACUGGUCAAUAUAUAUUCACAAGGUACAUUUCACUUCUUAUGUUUUAUUUAUUUCAAUACAGUGACUCGUACCUGCUUUCAGCUGCAAGUAUAUUUUUUUUCCAUAAUGUACAGGUAUUCAGUUGAAUAUGGAUUACACAACGGGCAAUUGUUGUUGUAUAUACAAAUGUACAUGACAUGAACAGAUAUCUUACUUAAUUUACCAGAUAGUGUUUUCUUUUUACUUCCAGCAUUAUACCUUGUUUACCUCAGAAAUAUAUUAUUCAAUAACUGUACAUGUGAAAGUAUGAUAAUGUAUUCCAACAUUGCUGUAACAGAUGGAGGAUGUUUCAAAUAUUAUGUCUGUUCUGAAUAUUGUCCAAGAUUCCCAGUGAAUUUGUAAAAAUCAAACUUAGUCUGAAACAAAGGUAUUUAUUUUUUAUAUCAUUUAAUAUGGAUGGUGUUCAAGUAAAAGUUUUUUUUUCUUUGUCCUCAAUACAUUCAACCUAUGCUAUUUGAGUGACAAUUAUAGUAAGUACCUUCUUCGUUUAUACACUCCAGACAGUCGUUCAGCUGUUGCUUUUUUUAAACUGAACUGAACAAAAUUCAUAAAAGUUAAGUUAUGUUUUUACACUUAAGAGAUGUUUCUUGUAAUGUUCAAUGUUUUCUAAUGUUAUUUGCAGAUACAAUAUGAAUGAUAAAACUCUAAAAUGCCAAUAUUUUUGGCUGAAGUAGCCCACGUUGCAGGGAUAAAUAGGGUGAUUUAAAGUUUGAAGUUUUAAAGUUGAUGUUAGUGUUUGGAUAUUGAAUUGGGCUGCUAAGCUUGGCAUCAACACGGGUUUGCAGAAGUAAUACCAAUCACAUUAUUGAACACUCAGUCUUACCAGCUCCAGCCUCUAUUUGGGUUUUAUGUUGUGAUUGGUGCUAAUCCGACACCAGAUUUAUUGAAAGAAUUCAAUGUUUUACGUGUAGGCUUGAUUCUAUGCAAUGACCAGUUUGUUACAUGAUGGUCAGUAAAAUGUGAAUGAGGGACUUGACAUUCACCCAUGUGACAAUUGCUCCUACCUUAGUACCUUGAUUUCUCAGAAGAUAGCCGCAAGGUGUAGAGUUAGGUGUCGGGUUAGGGUUUUAUAAUUAAUUAUUUUCAGAAGAGCAAGUUACUGGAGAGAAUGGCAUGGAGCCAUUGUACAAUGAUAGUAUGAAACCAUCCUUUGAUAUGACUGAUUUUGUAUACACACUAAAAAUAAAACUGCAUGCAAUUCAUUGAAAUAAGUAUUACUUUACUUUUCACCAGAUAAUUCUUCUAUUGCAGGGCUUCCCUUUUGAACCUUUCAUUGAAAUCCUUUAAAGGGCCAUGCUGAAUUGGAUGUUGACCCAAUCUCAGUUUCCAAAGUAGCUAGUGUUUACCAUAUUUGCUGCGAUGUGCUGAUAAUGUUUGAUAAUGUGAAUCUUUAUUUAUUUUUGGUAGUUUUACGGUUAAGUUGGAUCUUUGAUAUUCAAAGAGGGGCAUAUUCUAAAGUCCUUGCGAGCAUUUCAUGAAGCACCUUGUCCUUGAUUACGAAAUUCCUACCAGCCAAUCAGGUGCUUGGAUUUCAGUAGCUUGUAACAGUGGUCACUGAAAAAGAAAAAGUUCUUAAAUGUCAUAUAUUUCAUGAACAAGGUAUUUUGCUAAUUUGCUUUAAGGUGGAUAGUUCAUGAGAGGAUAUUUUUGGUCCAUUAAUGUAUUUUCAUUCACUUUGUAUAUGAAUGCUAUGUCAGGAAUUAGAAAAAAAGUUAAAGUUAGAUAUUUGCCAAAAUUUUACCUAAAAAAUGUUCAGCUUAUACAGUUACUCUUUUGUGAUACAGAUGUUAUUUAUGGUUGUGCUGAUUUUAAAUGUGUUUGAUAAGUAUUCUUUAUGUGUCAUGUGGCAUAGAGUUUGAUUUGACAUUGAAAAAGAUGUCAUCUGUUCCUGUUCCAAGUGUUCUUUUUGCAAGAACAACAAAAUGAUACAUACCAGUAAAUCUGCCUAAGUCAAUUCUCUGGGGACCAAAGAAAUACCUUUGGCUUUGGCAAAAUUGUAAGACGAUUAAAUGAUUAGAUUUGGACUGUCUAUCAUUCCAGUAUUUUGAAGCUGACGCAGUAAAGUUCUAUCAUCGGCUAAUGGGCAAGUUACUGAAAAAGUGAGAUGGAGACGGUUACUGGCUGAUCUAGUGGGUAUUUUCAGAUAGAGGCUGUUCUCACUACGUUCCUAAAACUAGUUUACUGGAAACUAGUUUAGUGUAAACUAGUUUAACGCAUAGUGAGAACGGUCGAAGCGGUCUUGGAAGCGAUCUUCCAAACCAGUUUGGAAAACCACCUCGCGAUGUAGUUUUCAAGAUCGCUUUGCCUCGUUAAACUGGUUUUAGCGUAAGUGAGGACACAACCGUUCUUCGGGAAGCGAUCUUCGCACAUUUUGAGCGCGCUACUCCACACGACAGGUGUAGAAUGCCUAUGCUGCGGUUUCGAAUUUCGCGCGAAACGUGUCACCCCACUGAGAGCGUUUCCACAGCAACUAGAGCGCUUUACAUAAAGUUAUUUUGAAAAUCACUUUCGUGUGAUCAAGUGGGAACGCUAGCAAAGCGAUCUUCCAAAGUGGUUUCCUGAAUCGGUUUCCAGUAAACUAGUUUUAGAAAGCGUAAUGAGAAGGGCCUCUUUGUUACUCUAAUACUCUUAAGAUAUAGCGUUUCAUGAAAGGAUUUUAUCCGACAAGUCCUGUUUUAUCCGACAAUUACCAUAGUAACAGUACCUCUCAGCCAAUCAGAUUCAAGGAAAGUUGUCAGAUCUGACAGCUUGGCGGACUAAAAUGUUGAUGAAACGCUCAGUUCUUCAGUUCUUGAUUAUUUUACCACGGUACUAUGCAAAUUGCUUUUCCCUUCUGAUAUAUUCAUACCAAGUUCUUCCCACUUAUUAGGAAUUUUUGUCUCUUGUUUCCACUAGGAAAGGUGGGAAGAGGAAUUAUCUGAACUAAGUUUUAUUUUGAUAUUAAUAUGAUCUUGAAGCAUAAUCCAUAUGAUGACAGGAGUCUAUGUUUUACCUAAAAUCAAGUUAUUUUUAACUUCAGAUGUCCUAAUAGGAAAAUAAACUUUGUGUUCUACUGCUUUUUGUAUAGAAUCACAAGUUUGUUUUAUGCAAUAAUGGCUGAACUUCCAUUUCACUAAUCCUGCCUGUAUUAUCCUGCCAACUUCAAUCAUAUGCUACAGUUUAUUAUGUUUAUUAGUGAUGUAUCUGUGUACAUGUAAAUGUUCAAAGUUUAUAGAAUAUCUUUAAUGAUCUAACUAAUUUUUCUUUCAUCUCUGAUUGAAAAAUCAUUGAAAUGCUUUGAAAAAUGUUCUGCAACACUGCAUUGAAUUUCUAUUUUAUCGCCAAGGACCAAAGAAUCAAUAUUGUGAAUGUUCUUCUUUGUCAAUAUUGGUUACCAAAUGAAGAGUCAACCAUUCCACUUUGCAGUGAAUGGACCAUUGGCAGGGGGGGGGGGGGGCUAGGCCCUCACUCUAAGGUUGCCCACCACUGUAUGUACUAUGCAAGUGAAGACAUCACCUUUUCUCAUACAUAAAAAACAAUUUCUUUUGUAAUAACCAUUAUUAUUUUUCAGUAUUUUGUACUUUUAUUACUUUAAAAAUGUUAUGUUAUUUUGUAUUUACACAGUAUUUUCAUGAAAAGUCAGAAGUCUAGACUGUGCGUGACAUUUUCAUGUUCAACACUCUUAAAUACCAAAGCUUAUUUUAUCCAUUAUCCAUGAUACUGCAUAUGAUAUUUUUUUAUUACAUGGUAUUAUAGGAUUUUGUAAGAAGUCUUACUCAAAUUUCACAGACGUAUUACAUGAUUUGGUAAGGAUUUGAACUCGACUUACACAGACGAUUGCUACAAAAAUGGAUCGCGACAAAUGAUCGCUAUGACAAUGAUGUAAACAACGGUUAUAGAAGUGCCUUGUUUUGAAGGCUUUUUCAUUGUUUUUUGAAGAAGUUUCAUUAAAACUUUUAUAUACAAAGUUAAA